AUGGAUUCGCAACGCUUCUACGUCCCCAAGCCGCGUCGUGCACCCCAGCACAAUAACCCGUCGCCGUCGCUCGAUCGACUGACGCCAGAGUUUCCCAUCGGCCCUCCUGCAUCACCAGAGCACAUUGAGCAGGGCGUAUAUGCCACGCUAGCAGAUGCCUCUCGCGGAAAUGUGGCCGCUCUCCAUGCGAGACUGGACUUUAUGCGAGAGAGAAACCUGGCCGCUCAAGGCAUCCAGCCCGAAUAUGCUCCAGACACGACGACUGAUGUGGUGAACCGAGUUCCAAACCCGCAGUUCCGACACCAGGCCGUACAACACCAUCACUACAGCCCACUCCAAGCCCUAGCACCUGCGAUCAGUCACAGAGCCGCAGAAUUCGGACCCAGGCUGACGUACGGGCCCAACGUACCGCCGCCCACAUACGUGGAUCGUGACGUCGCUCUCCGCAGGCUCCACAAGCCGCCAGACUGGACCGGGCUAUCACAGCUCGACAUCCGCAUGCUGCGCGACAUACCCUUCGAACGCAUCCACAGAGCGGUGGACGGCGAGAGCGUGCUGGCCCUGAUCCUGGGCUACGCAGCCAGGACAGUCGACGUCGUGACCAAGCACCACUACGGCUACCCACGCAACAGAAUCGCCGUCGCGGCCCGCGCAACCGUCCACGACGAGCGGACAAGCCACGGCGUCUUCCGGCACGCGCCCGGCACAUACUUCCUCCUCCGCCGCGAAGUGAAGCUGAGACUGAAUCUCCAUCUCCGGCCUACCGCCACGGUGCGCAUCUCGGAGCGCUACCUCCACGACAACGACGUCCCCUUCGCCGUCCUAACCAGCAACCCCUUGUUCCCACCAGCCCUCGCUCCGCCCUUCCAGCCCUGGGCUCCCCGUCCCCAAAUACCACCCCAAGCACCCGACAACAAGUACACGCACUGCCAAAUCUCCUUUGUCUCGGCAUCCUCGUCCUGCACGUCCCGCUGCCAGGAACCCAACCCCUCGCUCGACACCCGCCACAACAUCAAGACAGCCCGCUGCGCCGUGCCGAAAUGCAUAGACACCAUCGAGCUCCGCUUCUGCCCCAAGCCCGACAUCCACAACGACGUCCCCCACUCCUUCAACCCAAUCUGCUACUUCCGCUCCAAGCACGGCGCGCCCCCUAUCUCCUCGUCCCCUUCGCAGACCCUCGUCCUCUCAGUCCCCUACCUCGCAGACGCCCGCGCCGCACCCUCCUUUCUCGUCCUCCGCCCCAUCUCGUCGUCCGCCUCGUCCAUCCAAAUCCCGCCUACCCUCGCCUUCACCCUCCACACAUGGCGCCUCUCCCAAAUGCCCCUCAUCCCAUCAACCCUCACCGACGCCAUCACAACCCUCACAUCCACCGACCCGCUCUCCCCGCCUUCUUCCUCCUCCAGCAGCACAACGCCCACCCUCAACAAACUCCUCAUCGCCCUGCCCCCGCGCCGCCCCGAACGCACCCUCUUCCUCCGCGCAUGGCACACCGCAGCCCAGAACCCCACUGCCCAAUCCCCCCUCCCAACCUUCCUCACCCCCUCCAUCCUCCAUCUCGCAAACUUCACGACAGCCCUCUACACGCACUUUUCCUUCCUCGCAAACAUCGUCCCCGGGUAUGUCCCCGGGCUAGUCAUUUCGCCGGCUGCUGAUCGGGCGGUGGGGUCUGUGUCUGCCUCUUCUUCGUCUUCGUCUUUCUUUUCGCAUUUUCCCACAGACUCCCAUUUCCCCCCUGAGUCCACCACCACCACCACCACCACCACCACCACCACCGACGAAGAAGGAGACGAAACCCCCCACCCAAUCCUCCCCCUCCUCUCCCCACUCACCUCCCAACGCGACCCCCACGGCCUCCGCAUCGCCGGGCCCGGCACCACCUCCACCCUCACCCCCCAAACCUCCCCCCUAACAAACCCGCUCAACGACUCCGCCCACCUAGCCCGCACCCUCACCGCCCGCGUGCCAGGCAGUUUCCAGCCCUCGCGGCACUGCAGCCGCGUCGUCGUCGUCGUGCGGCGGCAUACCAACACCAACAACAGGGCAAACGGGAACGGAGGGAACGGGAACGGAAACGGCAACAACGGAAACGGAAAAGGGAGUGAGAGGGCUGUAUACGAAGAAGAGGAAGAAGUGCUGCCCACGGCGGCAGAACUAGCCAUGUACCCGCGGCCGCGCUGGAAUGUGUAUUUGGGGGAGAGGCAGGAGUGGAGGGGGUUGAGGGGGGUUUGGGUUGAGGAGGUUCAGGAAUCAACAUCAACAUCAACAUCACCAGCAGAAGCACAAGCAUAA